AUGCUGCCACAAUCAAUGACAUUGAUUUUGAUCCUUUUGGUGGUCAUUGUCUGUGGUUUGUCAGCGGAAUUACCAGGAAAUGCCUACUUGCCGCCGCCACCGCACCCCAAAUCGUCAUUCUCGAUGGCCGCCGACGAAUCCUUGCUGUCUGCUCUCAAUAGAUUUUUGAUCUUCGAUAACUCAGAGGACUUUCAGGACUCACAGAACUCAUUCGCCCGAUAUGCCCCCGUCUUUGUGGACUAUCCUGGCCUUCAGCAGCAGGAAUAUGCCUUGGACCUGCCCUUCAACUAG